CAGUUUAUAUUUCUAAUUAAUAUCUAUUGAGCUUUGAAACUGUAGUUUAAUGUUAUUUAGCACGUCUGAAACCAUGGUUAAGUCAUUUAUUGUUAAGAAAAGUUGCCCCCUCUCAAUUUUUAAAAGCUGCCUCAGUCAGCUCGUCCUUGUCUCAGAUCUGCAUGGAAGAAAAAACACUGGUUAUGUUUAAACAACUCAGACAAGUGACAGACAGACAGGUCAGGUGAAGGCAGGCAACAUCCAGGCUCACACGUGAGGGACAUUAUGCACCGAGAAGCUCGUGGUGAUGAUGUGAGGGACAUAGGUGGGAUUGGAGGUAGACGUGGGCUGGAGAGGGAGUUAAAGGAGCGGGGCAGAUGGUAGACUGGAAUUAGAUGUAAGUGGUCAACUUAUCCCAUUGAAAAGCCACCACUGAAAUAGCAGUCACUGCUGGAAAACCUAAAGCUAGGGUUAGAAAUCCACUUGAGGUUGUGUUCAUAUUAUUUUCUUGAGCAUGUCAAGAAUGUAGGUCAAUUUACUAGUAAUGUUUAAGGUUUCAUGACGAGUUACAUUAUACACAUUUGUAACUACACAGACAGAGUAAAAGUCCUACAGCUGCACUACAUUAAUAUUGUAUUAAUGUAGAAAAUGAUAAAACACUGAAUAAAACAUCACAAAAUGCCCCAAUCACUCCGUUUGUAUGUAAAAACUAACUAAAUAGUUAUCUCAAUAUGUAUAUGUAUGGCAUAAAUAUCUAAAUAUUAUAUUACAGACCCAAAAGAGAAAUGAGGAUGUGGGGGAGUCACUUUAGUGAACUGCUCAGCCACGUUAAAUCCCGCAUUAACAGAAUUAACAGUCGUCCACAGAAGGAGUGAGUUUCCCCCUGCCCUCCUUAUCUCUCUCUCUGUCUUACUGCUAAGUCUGGCAUUCUAUUCUCCGGCCAUCAUCUCCUCACUCAGUCACUGGGGGACAAAGGAAGAAAUCAAACCAGUGCAAUAAUACAUUUUUGGACCAAGGAGACAGUCAGGUGGCCCCAGAGAGAGGAACUCCUCUGAAGAACUCAAGUGGCAUAUAGUUGCCAGGGAGUUGGAAAGAACUGACACAUCACAAAGACAAUAUAAAAGCAAAACUCAAAAUGGGAAAUACCAGUAGCGCAUUAUCAAAGGAGAUCCUGGAGGACCUGAAGCUCACCACCAAAUUCACUGAAAAUGAGAUCUCUCAGUGGUACGAGAACUUUCAGAAGCAGUGCCCAACAGGACGCAUCACACCAGAGGAGUUUGAGCAGAUCUACGCCCGCUUCUUCCCCGACAGUGAUGCCAAAAGCUACGCACGCCAUGUGUUUCGCUCCUUUGACACCAACGAUGAUGGCACUUUGGAUUUCAAGGAGUACAUCAUUGCACUGCAUAUGACUUCCUCUGGGAAGACGACCCGGAAACUGGAGUGGGCCUUCUCGCUGUUUGAUGUGGACAAGAACGGAUACAUCAACAAGACAGAAGUGACGGAGAUCUGCCAGGCUAUAUUUAAGCUGAUCCCCAAGGAAGAGCAGAGCAAGCUACCAGAGGAUGAGAACACGCCCGAGAAGAGAGCCAACAAGCUGUGGGCUUUCUUUGGGAAGAAAGACAAGGAGCGACUGGCAGAGGGAGAGUUCAUCAAAGGCGUGAUUGAAAAUGAGAACGCAAUGCGUCUCAUCCACUAUGAACCGCUCAAACACUGAAGUCAGCCCCACUCACCCCUCUUCUUAUUUCUCCUGAUAAGCUCUUUACAUUAUUUUAAAACCUUUCUCUCCCUUAAAAAAACCGGCCUCACACACUUUCUCUUCUCCCCUCUUUAAUCCACUUAACUCCAUUGUGUAAAUACUUGUUUCUGCAGUGUUGGUUGCAACCAAUAUCUCAGUCAUUUUCAUUUAUGUGAAAUUUCUUGAAUUAAUGUCAUCGUUGAAUAUCAAGUUAAUUCUGAACCAUCAACGAUGUGAUGUGAAACCUAUUUUGUAGGUUUUCCAUUUCUUUAUGAUUUGAUUAAGUAAAUAAAACAAAAACAAAACAUGGAUCAGCCACAACAUUAAAUUCAGUCACUGGUGGUUUUAAUGUUGUGACUGGUGUAUAUUAAAUAGAGAUUAAUAGAGGUAAACAAUGGCAUAGUGUUUUAAAACAUGAACAGGCUCUGAGUUAAUGAUAAUUACAAAGGUAUUAUACCAGAUUGUAGCGUAUUAAGGGUUUUUAUACAUUAUUUGAAAUGUCUUGUUAGAAGGUGUAGUGUUCUGUACACUUCACAUUAAAUCAAAGGUUUGCUCAUACGUGUGUGAUCAGAGAAGAAUCAAUUCAUCUUUGACCUAGAAACAUAUUGUGUAAUAUGUUGUCAUUCAGCACUGCUGGUUGACAUACAUUGCACUUUAUGUCUUAAUUUUUCAGUUGUCUUUAUCCCAGACAAUAAAUCUAGGCUCAUCCCGUAUGUAUAGCUAACAGUUAUUUAAGGUAAACGUGGUUCAAUUUUUGUUCCAACUAAAGGAAUUGUUUCCUACAUAAUGUAAAGAUAAACAUGUGACAUUGCGUGUCUGCAGUUUGGUCUGUGUUUCUUUCCAACUUUCACGCUGACCCCGACACAACCCCCACUCCUCUCCCUCUCCAUCCCUUCACAUGCUUUCCAUCUCCCUUCACUCUGUUCCUCCUCCUUCUUCCAUCCAACUCGGGAUUACUGCUUUUCACAUAAUCUUCUGUUCAACAUCAGAGAGCAGACUCUUCACAAUCUCUGUAAUCUUUCUAUCUCUAUAUGUCUGUCUAACGGGUUCGUCUGUGCAUCUGUAGAGACGCUGCAUAUGUCACCAACUUCUGGUAUUCAUGCACUACAUCAGAAUUUGUCAAAUGACUGUCAUAGAGUGAGAAGAUAUGUUGACUCUGACACUAUAAAUGAAAUAAAUGAAAAGUGUAUUUGCAUAUUUUAAAGAUAGGCUGUGCUGUUGUGUAAAGAAACAUCCAUUAUGUUUAUAUAAUAAAACUGAUAUCACACGA